AUGCCGUCGGUUCGUCCUAAACUGGUCCAAGAAGGAGCUCCCAUUGAGGGGAGUGUCGAAAGUGGAGCCGAUGCUGCCAUGGGCACAGAAACAGCAACGACAGCGACGACUGAGGUGAAUGGUGGAAAGGACAAUUUGUUUGUAAUUGGAGCUCCCGCCCCUGCCAAAAAGACAAUCAACAACGCCACCAGUCUUCAAGCGAGUUCCUCGUCUCUGAUGAAUGCGAGCAAUCGAUCGUUGAAUGCCAGUCUCAGUGAAAUGAACUUCAACAACAACAACACAGCAACAACUACAGCCAGCAGCAACAACAAUCGCCGACGUUCCAGUGCCACCACGACCGGCAAAAAGUCGUCUCUGGCACGAGCCGCCAAGGGAACUCUGAUUAACGAAACCAAAACUGUCAAAAAAUCCGUCGUACAAACCUCCUUUGUCGUUGGAGGAGGCGGAGGUGGCCUCAUCAGCGACGAGAAAAAAUCGGCCGAUGUCAUGAUGGAUGAGUCGUCCAGUCGCGGUCGCAAGUCGCGCGGCACAUCCAUUGCCACCAGUUAUGAAAUCCCGACUACUAAUCCUACUAACAAUACCGCCAUGAUGGAAGUCGAUCCCAAACCAGUCAUUGCCACAAAAUUUGUCGUGGCGCCCACAAGCAGCGCCCAAGCUCCGUCCUAUAUUGAAGCUGUCACAGAUCCCAAGGAACCCUUGCCCGUCGAGUCUCAAGCCAAAGAACCAGCCGUCAUUCCCGCCGAUCCCACCCACGACAAUACCAAAACCACACAAGAGGUCGAAAAAAUGUACGGCGUCAUUGAUUUGAGCGAAAAGGCUCCCAUGGUGGUGUUGGACGGCGCCAAUAUUGCCUAUGCCUACGACAAGGCGGGAUCCGGUGGAGUCGACAAACCAGAACCCGAUGCUCGAGGCAUUGUCGUCGCAUGCGAGUACUUUAUCAAAGCCGGCAUUCGCGUAUUGGCCGUCAUUCCCAGUACGUGGAUGCAUAGAGAUCCCUAUCAACGCAUCUUGAAACGAUUGGAUCAACAAGGCAUUUUAGUUUCGGCGCCAUCCAAAGAUGACGAUGAUGCCUAUGCCAUUACCAUUGCACGACGAGAAGAUUCCAAAUCCAAAGAACGAGAAAAUAUCGGACCUGGAUACGUACUCUCCAAUGACAUGUUUCGGGAUGCCAUGCUACGAGGAAAAGCACAAGGAGGUGGCGCCGAUUUGGUGUCAUGGCUCAUGCAAGGGUCCACCCGAGAAGACGGAGCCACAGGACCUGGACGAAUUUCCUAUACGUUUUGUGAUACAGGUGCCAUGGAUGAUCAUGGAGACAAAUUACUGGAUCUGGUGCCCAAUCCACGUCAUCAGUUGAUUAUCAAGGCGGAACGAGGUCAUUUCCACAAAAUGUUGUGA